GCUACCGCUGCUGUUUGGCCGAUGGAUUCGUCAGCGGCGCUGGCCGCAGGGGAGAAAAAGGUUGGCGCGGCGCCUGCCGGACCACGGCGACUACUACGACGGCGGCGACGACUACUAAGCGCUUAGCGCCGCGGGAGGGCUCGCACCGACCCGACGGAGAAUAGGCUCGGCCCCCGUGCGGCGGUGUCCGCUGGGUGGUCCGUGACGGACGGCGUUGGUUGCGCCUGCUGCGUUAAGACAUCUCCGACGUCCAACUUGGCUCGCUUACCCUUCUUUCGCCAUCGUCUCGCCUCCCCCACCCCCGACUCGCCGCCCCCUAGCAAGAAAAGACAGCGGCGAUCGAAACGUCUUGCGAAUCGUUCCGCGCGCCGCCUUCCUCAGGCUCCUCCCGUGAAUUGUGUUUUGUUUAGUUGUUCGCUUCCAUUUUCACUGACGCCCGCUCUUAUAGCUUACAUCCGCAUCCCUCCUCCGAAGCUUUUAUUUCGGAGCGACUUGGAGGAGUGUUGUGUGUUCUCGUCAGCGUGCGUGCAGGUCGCGCCGGGAGUUCGACACCGGUGACUCGCGGGAGCGGAUGCCCAGUAAGACCGAUACACGAGACCCGAGCAGCGUCCCUCUCUCUUCUCUUCUUUUCCUGUUCAUUCCCAUCGGCGACAUCGAGCGCGACGCGUUGCCUCGUCGUCUUUCUUUCUUUUUUCCCACGAAGCGAUCACCGACUGUCUCCUAAACGUCACGUUGGAGUAUAGCGUUCCUGCAGCACCACAGCCCAGCCGGCGCCACCGCCCACGACACAUUUCCCGCAUCCCCUUUUCUCGCGUGCCUGCGUGCUACACGUUUAUGCCCGAGCGGGGCAUUAUUUUUCGUCCCAGCUUUUGUCUUCCCGCGAGAAGAUGGCACCGCUCCGCGUCGUGAGUUGUGGCCGGCGGCAAAUUUAGCGUCGACCACAAAAAACGCCCGACCGCCCGUCCGUCCGUUGUCGACGUCUUCUUCUUCAUCUGGUAGCCGCCUCGCGCGACGCCCGGGUGUCGCACGCGCUCUGAACAGGAAGCGGUGGUUGCGCGGCGCCCCGACCGUCGUAAAAGCGACGCAAGUGGUGGACUGCUGCGAGCUUCUGCACAUUGCGAAAGGACUUCUCGCCGGCUGACGUCAUCGAACCCUCGAAAAGCUCCGCUGGGGGCUCCCCAUCAUAGCGGCGCGAACUUGAAGAACGGAAGCCAUGGGCGGAGCCACGUGUUUCAGGUGGUUGAUCCUCCUCGGCCUCUGCUGGAAGGCGUCGACGCUGUCCCCCGAGGUUGGGCAAACUCCGUCGAAGGCGUCUGGGCCGUUCCGACGAGGCAGCACCGGAGCAGACGGCAGUCCAUACUCUUCGGCUUCGGCAGUUGCCGAGACAGAUGCCGCGGGAGGUGUUCCGUCAAGCCGGAGCUGGACGAGCUGGAGCGCCUGGACACCGUGCUCGAGAACAUGCGGUGGCGGGCUGGCCUACCAGACACGACGCUGCCUACGAAGGCCUCCACGGCAUCGACGCGUGCGCAACAGCAGGAAGGCUGGCCGCUGUCGUGGUCCUGCCCAGCGCUACCGAAUCUGCGGCGUUGAGCCGUGUAAUACAAACGAAGCCGAUCCGAGACAGGAGCAGUGCUCUGCCUUCGACAACACGAGUUUCGGAGGCAAGAAGUACGUGUGGAAGAAGUUCCUCAAGGAACCCGUCGACUGCCAGUUGCAUUGUCAGCCGAUGGGUCACCACGUCUCCAAAACGCUGGCCAAGCUGGUGAGAGACGGCACCCCUUGUUCGAGCGGCCUGGACGACCGUGUUUGCAUCGCUGGCAGCUGCCUGCCUGUGGGCUGCGAUGGCGUGGUGAGUUCGCGGCGCAUCGCCGACCUGUGCGGUGUGUGCGGUGGCGACAACUCGACGUGCCGGACCUUCUCGGGCCUACUGACGCUGCGCAACCUGUCCAAGGACUACGAGGUGAUCACGGUCAUACCUAGGGGUGCGGCCAGCCUGGUUGCCACGGCAGAGGGAAACAGGCUCGCCGUGAAGGACGUCGAGACCGGUCGGUUCAUACUCAACGGCAACGCCAGCGUGUGGGAGCCCGCGGGCGUGUACAUGGGCGCCGGCGCCCGUUUCCACUACCAGAACCGCGCCGGCUCACAAACCCUGGAAGCCAGAGGUCCCCUCGCCAGGCCCGUCCACCUCAUGUUGGUGUUUCGCAGCCCUAACCUGGGUGUCAAGUUCCAGUACAGCGUGAGCAGCCGCGUGGUCAACAAGGGCGCGCCCCCGUCGGCACCAGCGGACGAGCCUUCGCUCGGCGGACAGUUCCUGCGGUCACGCGCCGUGCUUGAAACGGGCCCGUUCCGCUGGCAGAUGGACUUCACUUGCAGCAAGUCCUGCGGCACAGGGCUGAAGCAGGCGGUGGUCAGUUGCGUGAUUUCGGCAACCGGAGCACCAGUGCCCGAGGAGUACUGCUCGAGGCUUCCGCGACCCAGGAUCCCGCCGAGCCCGCCGCAACCACUGCCGUGCAAUACGCAGCCCUGUCCCGCCGACCGCGGCAGCAGUGGCGCCGGAGGUGACAUGGACGGCAGUCCUCGGUGGCAGGUGACUUCCGAUUGGUCCGCCUGUUCGGUCACGUGCGGCGACGGCCUUCAGCGGCGCACCGUUGUCUGCGUGGGGCUCAGAGGCGGCGCACUGCGGGACUCGGCUUGCAGACAGAGUGGCGAGAAGCCGCCCACAGUGAAACCCUGCAAAUCAAGGCCCUGCGCUGUCUGGCAAGCCGGCCCGUGGGGAAAGUGCAGCAGUGAGUGCGGGAAAGGCAUGCGCAAGCGCGAGGUCAGCUGUGGUCCAGGACUCAAGGAGUCUGCCUGCAAGGCCUCCGAGAAACCCGUCGCCGAACAGGUGUGCGAGAUGCCUCCGUGCUCGAGCACGUGGUUCUUCUCUGCCUGGUCCGAGUGUUCCGUCAAGUGCGUGCCGGGAGUUCAGAAGAGACGAGUCUUCUGCGUCCCCGGGCAAAAUGAGUGCGACAUGCAUGACAAGCCUUCGUCCCAACAACCGUGCCUCGAGCUGUGCACGGGAACCUGGUUCGUGGGUACCUGGUCAAAGUGCCUUCCCGGUUGUGGCAACGGGACUCGCGAGCGCCAGGUGCUGUGCGUCGGCCAGCAGGGAGGUCGAUGGACGACGGUGCUGCCCGAUGGACACUGCGGCUACACCGAGCGGCCACUCGCCUCAGAACCAUGCGACACGCCAUGUGCGCCAGAGUGGCACACGUCCACGUGGAGCGCAUGUUCGACAUCGUGCGGUGGCCGGGGCAGCCAGACGCGCCAAUCGCUGUGCUUGGACGUCAACGGGAAGGUGUCUAGUAUCGAGGCGUGUUUGGAGUCUUCGCGACCUUCGGCCAGGCGUCCGUGCGGCCUGUCAGCGUGCCCCGCGGAGACGGCCGAGGAGCGCGGCUGUCGGGACACCCGCAAUCGCUGCGCCCUGGUGGUGCAGGCCCGACUCUGCAGUUACCCGUACUUCCGCCAGGGGUGCUGCGCGUCAGUGUCGCCGCGCCGCUUCCAGCCACGCCGCCCCGACCGACGAGAACAGAGCCUGAGUCCGGGUUCCAACCCUCGACCUGGAACUUUUUUCACGAGACCCGCGACGGUAAAGCGCGUGCCUCCCGAACAACAUGUCCAGAGGACAAGCCCUCCCUUCUCUGGGAAGGAAAAGAGAGCUUGGUCGCUUUGCCAGCAGCAUCCUGCAGCAACGGGCACUCAGGCACACGAACUUUUAACUUGACCCCGACCGUGGCCACACUGUACAUAAGCACGCGCACCGACUCGCCAUAGUGGUCUAGUUGUUAUGGUGCUCGGCUGCUGACCCGUUGGUCGCGGGAUCGAGUCCCUGCCACGGCGGCCGCAUUGUCGAUGGAGGCGAAAGUGCUUGAGGCCCGUGUACUUAGAGUUAGGUGCACGUUAAAGAACCUCAGAUGGUCGAAAUUUCAGGGAUCCCUCCACCACGGCGUCCCUCAUGAUCAUACCGUUGAUUUGGGUCGUUAAACCCCACCAAUUACUAAUAGCACGCGCACCGCGAUCCCUGCGAUGAAUUUGUUCUAAAGGUUCUGUUCGUCCUGGAAAGGUUACAGCGCACUUAUAUUUCGCCCCGUCAUCACAAUGCUGUGUCUUGUCCCCUUCUUUUGUCCCCGUCUGCAUGCGCUGUAACUUUUCCAAGAUGCAAUACCAAUCAGCCCACUAAGCCAUCCUCGUGAGGUUCUAUUCGCCCAUAAGUUGGCCUCGCCGGAAGUCUUCCUUGCUGGUGCUCUACCUUGUGAGCAGUGAGCUCAUCGGACGAGAGGAAACAGCUUGACGCGGUCAAUUCAGCGGUGGCAAGCAUCGUGUCUGCACUCGCCGAGCAUGGAUGAAUGUUCAUUCUCAAGAGCAGUCACCGGCUACCAAUUGCGAAUGUUGACACUGUGGCAUUCUUCAAUUGCACUUGCGUGUAAGCAAGCAGAAUCGACUCACAUUUGCGCUUACUGGCAGGCACACGUAGAAUAGGAUACGUGUAUCACUGGCUUCGCCGGCCAUGUUUUUUUCUGCUUUUUUUUUUUUGCCUUGCCACUUUAUAGCAGAAACCAAGGCGUUUUAUUUAUGCAUCCAGAUGACGUAAAA